AGUCAAUACUACAACCACCUUCGCACUAUCAACACGAAAAAUAUCUACACUCAAAAACCCACCUCUCCCUCUCUAUGCCCAAGAACCAACCAAAAUGAGACUCACAACGGCUUCCAUCAUCACCCUCCUCGUCCCCCUCGCCACCUGCAUCUGCAAAGACACCGAAGUCGGCGUCGGCUACAUCAACUACGAACACAAAGCAGACCGCAAGGGUGCCCUCAUAGCCAACGACUGCAACGUCAUCAACCAUAGCAAUACAGAUAACUACUGCUACGGAUGGGGCGAAACAUACCAAGUGCAUUGCGACGAAGACCACAGGAAUGCCCAGUCCGUGACGAUCAAAAAGCAGGGCAGGAUUGACGAGUACCAGUGCGGCGAUUAUGUGACGGGAGAACAGUGUACUGGGGGAGUUGUAGUGGGGAAGUGCUGCAGGUUGUUGUAGGUUUAGGAGGGAUCUGUUAUUGUCAUGAUUAUAAUUUUACUUUCUGUCUUUCUUUCAGAUAUAUGUUGUUUUCUGGCGGGGUUUUCUUCCCAUGGAAGCAUAACAGUCU